AUGAAUCUGAUUGGCUCAAAUGACAGCCAGACUAGAAAGCCGGUUACUGAGGAAUUUGAAGAGGAUGCAGAGGAGGGCGAGAGGAAGAAGAAGACGAAGGCUUACCGAAAAGGAAGGUCGCAAGCGGCGGAGAAACGCUCGGAUCGCCGCGUGAUGAAAAUGCCGACUUUCCAUACUCCACGCCUUUUCCGACAUAAACCUCGGAGGUCACUGGGACGGACCAGCAGACCCCUGAUCUGGGGGCAGGAGGGCAUAAACCUGUACCUCCGAUUGGGUGCCGUAGUAUUCGGCUUCGGAGUGAUGAUUCUGGAUGGUUUCAGCGUGUCGGACCAAUUUCAGGAGGAGAAUUACAUGAAUUCCUGUCAUAGUGUACUCUGGAUCCCCAAAAAUGUUAUACACUCCAUAUACAUCUUCUGGCAGACGUACUUUCUCUUUAAGUAUCAUCGGGUAAGUGAGAGCAUUAUUGUUAGUUCAGAAUACAUUGUUACAAUUGAUUUCGCCUAG